AUGAAUGCAAGCGCAGAUGCGAGCAACCAACUGGACUUAGUCCUGGAGCGCGCAGGCCUCGAUUCACGGGCCCAGUACUUUGUACCAGUUAUGUUCGGCAUCGCUCUGGGGACCUGUGCCUUGGGCACGGCACUGCUCAUGUUCGCGACUUGGCGCAGCGCCCGCAAGCUCCCAGGGAGCCAGCCGGACACAUCACCGGGCCAGGAGGCCCCAGUCACUGUCGGGUCGUCCACAAGUCCAGAUGAUGUGCAUGUUUCCACGGGAAGCCAAGACAAACAGGCACUGAAAGAGGCAAAGGGGGAGCAGCGAACUGUGUCGUCUGCGAGACGGCUUUGUCAAGUUCUCAUCGUCUUUUCGACUACCUUUGGACUUUGCGUCGGUGUCACCAUUGCUGGGGUGAUUGACGGUAGUCUGACAAAGGAAACCGGGCUUGCAUGGGAGAGCUAUGUUCUUCUUCUCAGUUGUGCAUGUGCUUGGAUGCUGGUACAGGCUUGUGUAGUUGUCCUCACACUGCAACCAGGCAGGGGUUACACGCCUGCAGCAUUCGCAGAAGCGAUGCUGAGCGGCAUGUUCCCGUUUGUCGCAGACUCCUUUGACACGCUGAAGGACGUGAUCUUCGGAGGUUUAUGUUUCAAGUCCACAAGUACCGGGUUACACGUGUUGGGCGUUUUGAGUUGGGUUUACCUGUACUUGUUUCAUCUCGGCCUCUUGGGCUACGUCUACGGCUACUUUUUGACGGACUUGUCUAGCAGCCAUCUCUCAGUCUUCGCUCUUUCAACAAUUGAUUUGAAGGCUCGUCCUGCAAGCCUGAGCCGGACUGAAAAGGUGCUGGCCGCUCUUGGUAAACAGCUGUCCCCGGCAAAGCGGCACCUUCUUUUGGUAGAGAAUGUGCCGCAAGCAGGGAUGGCGAUCAUUUACCUAGCAACUGAGGGAGGGAGCUUACUCGUAGCUUUGCUAAACCUCGCCAUCCCUGCGGGACAGGUGUUUGCUUCUGUUUUCCUGCACAAGCCGCUGCAAAGGCGGCUCGCCCGCUGGUAUGCGCAGCGCCUGGAUGCGGCCCUCGAUGACGCAGACGCAGUUCUGGGGCGCCGCAUGUGCCGCGAGAUUGUUGGUGGAGGGCCAGAAUUAAUGCAUCGCGUGGCUUGGCAUAGCGCUUAUUUAAGUAAAAUUUACUAUGCACGGGAGCAGGUCCUUCUACGCCGAGGAGACAUUGUCGUGGCAGGAGAACCACUCCUUGAAGGUGCAGAUGAGCUCGCGCUGGAACUGUGUUGCACGUGCAUAAAAUCCGCAGAAUCCGAAGAUUUCGAUGGAGAGUUGGACAUUAGCGGUAUAGACUUACAGAGCCAACACGAAGUUCUCCAGGCCUUGGUGAACUUCGCCUUCUUCUCGGCCUGGGUUGAAAAGCUAUGGUUCUAUUACUGCAAGUUGACGGGACAGGACGUUGAGGCCUUGUCUGCUGCCAUGAGCGAGGCAAGCGCCCACCGACGGGGCCCGAGACGUCUCUCCUUGACCCAAAAUGAGUUCGGGGACGAGGGAGUUUUUGCUUUGGCAAGGGCGCUCCCCAACCUGCACCUCGAGGAGCUGUACAUGUGCGACUGCAACAUCACCAAUGAAGGAGUUUCUGCUCUAGCACGAGUGUUGCCGCAGUGCCGUGACCUGAAAGGGCUUUACCUGUAUGGCAAUUCGUUUGAAGACGUGGCCCGGGCAAGGCAGGCCCUCGAAUCAGCCCGUCCGGACAUCACCGUUUCCCUCAGCACGAAGCAGCGAGAAUAG